AUGCUCGGCCUCGUCGCCACUUGGCUGUUCGACGUUUCCUUCGCCGGCGGUGGCCAUUGCCUGAGUUUUGCCAAUGCCUUGUGGCUCGAUCAAUCCCUAAUUCUUAAGCCUUCGUUUGAACGUAAUGUGGACUUUAUAAGGCCACUCUGGCUCAAGUGGAUUUCAGAAAAAAGAGGGUCUCUUGGUAACUUAGAUAGACUUGUCGUCUUUGUAAAUGCACUACACUUCAAAGGAGCAUGGUUAGAGAAGUUUGAUUCAUCAGAAACCAAAGACUAUGAAUUUUAUCUUCGAAGUGGUAGAAACUCAGUGAAAGCACCUUUCACGAGCAGCAAGAAGAAACAUCUUAUUAGGGUUUGUGAUGGUUUCAAAGUCCUUGGUGUCCCUUAUGACCUACCGGAAGAGCAUUGUUUCACAAUGUAUAUCUUUCUUCCAGAUUCAAAGGAUGGGCUUCCCUCGCUGGUUGAGAAGGUUGGAACUAGGGCUAACACUGCCAUUCUCAGACAAAUCAAAGGAGAAUUGACAGAAAUGACAAAUUCUAUUGAUGGUGAACCGCUAUUUGUUUCAAACAUAAUUCAAAAGCAAGUCAUUGAACUAAAUGAAGAAGGAACAGAAUCUGCAGCAGCCAUUGCCAUGACAUUAUUGGCCGCUUGUCCACCAAAUUUCAAGCCUCCACCUGAAAUAGACUUUGUAGCUGACCAUCCUUUUCUGUUUCUAAUUAGGGAAUAUUGA